AUGCGGCGUUGGCUUGCAUUGCUGCUUGCUGCCAUGGUAGGACAGCCCGCUGGAGCUGGAGCAGGAGCAGAAGCCAGGUCAUAUCUAGCUGGAGCUGGAGCUGGAGCCAGGUCAUAUCUAGGUGCUAUGGAUUGCUUUGCACAUCCUCCAAACCUUCUGCCGCUGCUUAGUCGCACGGAUAUUGAUGCAGAAAAGCAGGCUUGUUUCCGCCUUGACGUGAUGAGGAGAGCAGCGUGCAGAACAUGGAAGAGCGGGCGAUAUGCGUGGUUUUCGUUCUUCCCAUGCAAGAAGGACACGUCGCUGGUAAUGCCAGCAACACUUUACACCAGCUUCGAGGUGGAUGUAGAAUGCGCACUCAAUGCCCAGACGAAGCUGGUGCAGGAGGCAAAGAGUGCUAAGGACCUGUGGAGGAUCGUCUCAUCUCUGCAGGAUGACUUCCCUAAUGUGCCCGACGAGCUCAUGUUCUCGACACUGUGUGCUUGCAGGUCCGUCGGCGAGUGGAGGAGGUGCAUAACACUUCUGCGGAGCCUGCGCAAGGCUGUCUACUCGUACGGGCACUCGGAAGAGAUGUACCUGUCCUGCGUGUCGGUUGCUAUCGGGGCAUGCGCAAGAUGGGGAGCUGCGCAGGAGGCGUGGGAGCUGGUGGAUAUGCUAGAAGAGCAUGUGGGGCACAACAUCUCCCUCAGCGCCCUCUGCAGACUUUGGAUGAUGGAGAACGCAGCAGUGGAAGGGAAGAGCGGAGGAGGGAGGAAGGUGAAGAAGAGGGAGGACAACCGGGAGAGAGUUGCCCUCCUUGUCUUCAAGUUCAUUCAGCCUAGUGUCAUCAGCCUGCUGUUCGGCCAUCCUGGGCCAGCCUGGCAUGUCAGCGGCGAGGAAAAGGGCUCGAGGUCCUCGAAGCUGGAGCUGAGAAGGAGGCAGAAGGGAUCCGCACAUGACAAGGGGGUCCUGAGCUCCAUAGUAAACAUGCUGGAGGAUGCCGAGAAGAGAGGAUACGUCGAUCUGCACGGGCUCAGCGUGGUGGAGGCGAAGCUAGGGGUGGAGGUGAUUCUCAGGACAGGGAAGGAGAACGCUGCGGUCAUCAGCAACGUCGGUCGGAAUUUUGCCGUGGUGCUAGCAAGGCAAGAGAGACAGCAGGAGGGAGAGGGACGGGGAGAGGGAGCUAGGGAGGAGGAGCGAACCGAGCAGGAGGGAGGGAGGGAGGAGGGAGAAGAGAGAGGAGAGGAGAAAGGAAGAGGAGAGGAGAAAGGAAGUGGAGAGGAGAAAGGAAGUGGGGAGAGCUAUCUCCUGGUGGUAACGGGUAAAGGGCUUCACUCGGUGGGAGGAGCGCCGCUGAUCAAGCCUGCUGUGAUGAGCCUGGCACGAGAGCUCAGCAUGAAGUGCGAGGAGGCAUCUCAGUGUGCGAACUAA